AUGAGGGUGUUGGUGUAUGGGACAUCAGUCGACGCAGUUGGCGAAUAUUUGAAAAUGAGUGGUGCCACAAUAAGGGAUUCUCUCAUGAAUUUUGUAGAUGGUGUCAUCUCAUGUUUUGGUGAAGAGUACCUCCGAAAUCCUAACAAAGAUGAUUUAACAAGACUACUCCAUGUUGAAGGUCAACGUGGAUUCCCGGGUUCGUUAAAUGAUAUUAUUGAACUCCAUCGAUCUCCUGUUUUUGAUGAUAAACACAAGUUGUUCGCUCAAUAUCAAGAGUCUUGCAGAAAAGAUGUUGAACGAGCAUUUGGAGUUCUACAAGCUCGUUUUGCAUUUAUUCGACACCCAUGUCUUGUUUGGGAUAAAGAUAAUAUGAGACGAAUUAUGAUUGCUUGUAUCAUCUUGCAUAAUAUGAUAGUUGAAGACGAACAAGACGCAUACCUCCAUUAUUAUGAUUUUACUAAAUUUCUUAACGAUAAGCCCACAAAUCGACAACCCGAAAGUUAUACAAAAGAUGAUGCCCAACCAUUUACAUUCUCUACUGAACGAAUUGGAAAUCUAGCCACUUAUAUGGCUAAUAGGGAAGCACAUAAUUCUCUAAAAUGA